AUGUGCAAAGGCUUAUCAUUACAGGGAAUAACUAUAAUCAACAUCAGCUUGACAGCAGCUAAACUGUUCGCGACAGAUUCUCCUUUGCUUGAGCUUGACAAAUAUCCUGUCAAGUAUCAAGUGCCUAGUUAUUCGAUGGCUACUGUAUUUGUAUCGAAUCCCGGGAACUUAUCAGAUCCUCAUCGGCUGCAUCGAAUAAACCAGUUUGUCGAGGAGAUGGAACAUCUUAAUGGAACAUGGGGUAAAAAUUGGGGUCCAGUUGGCACAAAGUUCUUUAUGCGAGACUACGCAAAUUUUCAGCAAACUUUUGCCGAUGCUGAUGAUGAGUUCACGGAACCAGAGGACAAUGUGGAAACCACAACAUCAGCUGUUGUGGAGGUGAAACACUUUAGUGAUGAUGAACUGAAAUACUUCUUAAAAUGGCCAGAGUACGACUACUGGGCUGGGUUUGUGAAACUCAGAAAUGGAACGCAUGAAGGAGAGGAGCAUCUUGACCGAUUCUUCUUCACCACUGGAUUUCAUGGAGAAGCGCUUUGCGAUUGGAAUCAGCGUGGGCAAAUGCUACACGAGUGGCGGAGAGUGGUGGACAACUUCAGAGAGUUCAAGCCCACUGUCUUCCACGAAGACGGAGUUUAUCUGGAUCUCAUCGACAACAUGACUACCGACACCUGGCAGUCAGUGCUUGGAACUCUUGUUGGUAUGGCUUUCGUGUGUUUUAUAUUCCUCAAUAACUUUUUCACGGUCGCUAUCGCCAGUCUAUCAGUGCUUUCCAUUUGUGCAGGAAUUCUGGGCAUCUUAUCUUGGUGGGGAGUAGAUCUCGACCCAAUCACUAUGGCCGCCACAAUUAUAUCCAUCGGCUUCUCCGUUGAUAUACCAGCACAUGUAUCAUAUCACUACUACCAAGCUUCGGUUUCCGUCGAUGGAUUAGCUCCUACUAUCCUCUUCGAGUUCUCUGGAGCCCUAGAUUUGCAUUCAUCUGCGUGUAAAUACUGUGAGCAGAUGCUCGUUUCGUCAAUGCUCACCAAUUUACUCAUUGUUUCGGUAUCUUUGGCAGAGACGUACUGGUAUCAGGAGUUCACAUACCCGGAUGAGUGUCCUGGAGCAAAAAGAUCUGGAGACAGUUUUGGAGCAGUAUCCCCGUUGUAUAUUAUAGUAAAGAAAGGUUCGCGAGAACGGGCAUCCAUCUUACAAACUCCACCAUGUCAGGACUUUGGCCAAUUUAGCUAUAACACUCACGUUUCUUUCAAAGUAGAUUUGUUCAUGGAUAAAGGAAAUCAGAGCGAGUACGAGUUGAUCUACGGUAUGCGUGUAGAAAGGAAGGAUCCGGCUUGUGCUAAUGAAAACCCCUUAAAAUAUCACCUCAAAAUCUGCUACAGCGGCGUCACGGAACGCGGCACUGGCUUGGACUUCUCAACAAUCUAUUACGAAGAUCCUUUUCGAAUUGGAAAGGUAGUGAUAAAAAGAGGAGGAAAAGAAGGCGUGGUUGUAUUCGAGUACAAUCCUCCUAAAAAUUGUCACGCACCCGGUUCCUGGAUUGCCAACGAGGGAAUUUACCUACAUGAUCCAGAUACGAACGAGUUCUACUUGAUAUAUUAUGACGUUCUCAAAACCUACAUUGUAACUUGA